GGUAGAAAAGACUUCCACUUUUCUCAGCGUUGCUUUUAGAUACUAGCUUCUAGUAAAGAGAUGGCGGACUGUCGCAGUCUUCGCGAUUGUCUGCUGGAAAGCAUCGAUGACUUGGAUUUCAUUACCAAACAAAUAUUGGAAUCGAUGCUGAACCGCGACAAGCAUCGGCGUGGAAAUGAAUCUUUGAAUAGCUUGGUAACAUUAUUCGAACGGCGCAUCAACGAAGUGAAAAGCCUGCUUGAAAGAGUGCCUGAAUUUCGUGCAAGAGAAGAUCUGAUUCGGCAGCUUGAGAACUGCGUAGGUGAGCGAAAUGAGGUCAUCGACAAACUAGAAACAAAUCUGAAAGUAGCUGAGAUGGCACUAACUUCGGCCGUAUACCAGGCUAAUAACAAGAUUCACUCCGUGCGGGAAUCUGAGGCACAUCCGGUAAACAGUGAAGUUGUCAUACGCCUUGCCCAUCAAAUCAGCAAGAAUUACUCCGUUUCAGCGCCAUUGUAUUGGCAGCAAGGCGAUCCGUCUCGACCAUUUCCAACAGAGCCCGAAUUCCGCGCGUCAGCUUUGGCAGCUCCGAGGACCAAUCCGCCUGUCGUCCCCCCUGCUUUCAGUCUGCUUCGGCAGCAACAUCCUAGUGCUGGUGCUAUGGGACGAGUAUCAUCGCCGAUGACAGGAAUGCCUCAGAUGCCUGUACAAGGGAAAGUAUGGAGCCCAAGAACAGGAUAUCAACAAGCCAGUCCAUCUUCGCGAGGUCGAGGUGGUGCUCAGUGGAGUGGAAGAGGUGGAGGUCCUGGAGGCGUUUCGCCGUUUCAGAAACGGACCAGCCAUAUGGGGGAGAACUCUCCUCGUAUGGUGUCUCCCACAGUGAAUAUAAACUUCGUCAGUCCUCCGCCGAGAAUGAAUCCGCCUCCAGUCAGCAAGAGAGGGAGCAGAGACAAAGCGACAACAUUUCAAAUUACUCCAAUGCCGCCGAUCACCACAUUACCUAGCGGAGAAGCAUCGCAUCUGAAGGAAACCUUUGAUUCAGAACUUCCUGAACAAGAUGGAUUCGAAUCACACCUUUUCACAAUAGGCGACUACAACAGUUAUGUAGCGGACACGUUCAAGAUGCCGUACGAUCCAGAUACGGCUGGCGUUCUAGUGUUGAGUACUCCUGCAAUGUUUGAUGUCUCAUUCAAGAAAUGGUUUAUCCAAAAGCGUGAAGAGUACGGUACGAUGGAAGCUGUAGCUGAAAAUGUACCACAACCCAUCCAGAUGUUCGUGGAAUCCCGCCUGGAGCCACUUCGCAAGAAACUUGACGCCGCCAAUCUUGAGUAUGAGGUUUUUUACGACAGUUCUCUGCAUGCAAAUCGCAAACCAAAAAUACUGCUACAGACUUGCGGGCAUGUCUCAGGAGCGGCAUACUAUUAUUUGCCAGCAAAAGUGAGCGACGAAACCUGGCCUCCGCGUAGUCCUGGUGGGAAAAAGCAGUUCAUCGGCCUCUGUUUGCACCCAAUUUAUGGAGGCCACUUUGCGUUUCGCGCAGUGUUCCUUUUCCCGAAGCUCCGUCUACCCGGCUACCAUGCACCGGAACCUUUGUCGAUCUUGAAAUCAAAGGAAGAAAUUCGUAAUGCAUUGGAGAGAUUCAACUACAGAUAUUGGGAUUCCGGAUUCAGAGACUUCGGCAGUCCUAUGAAACGCUACUCCCCGGCGCAGAUGAAGUUCUUCGGAAUGAAGCCGGCUGAUAGAUGGGACUUCCUCAAAGAAUGGAGUGAAAUGCCGUUAGCGGAAAGCGGAGGCCAACAGUAGGCGAAGGAGUAGGCGUAUUCUGAAGAAUGAUGAGCAAGUAUUCGAUGACUCAUUCAAUUUAUGAGUCAUUAAUGCUUUGCUCCCUUCUCUAUGAGCACCAUUUUUAGUCAUAGGGUUUUAGUCUCUGUGUUGUGGUUUUCCCACAUCCGUUUUUUUGGUCAAUCUAUUCUGCUCAGAAACACUUAUAAUCUAUUGCAUCUUAACUUUUUGUACUUCCUACAUUUAAUCACUCAUUUUUUGAGAAUUUUUCGUUUUAUCGGCAUGCGCAUUUAUUGUUGGUGCAUGAGCUUGUGAUGUGAUGUGAUUAAAAAUGUGUGCCUUACUCAUUCUUGUCCUCUAGUAGAAUUGAUCUAGUAACAACCUUUUAGCCGACUGGCAUGUCUCUUCUAAUAACUUUCAUCUUUUUCUAAAUUCUUAUCACCUGAUUUAUAAUAGUUCAUAAUAGUCCAUUUUUUGUAUGUCCGCAAUUAUUAUCUUUCUAUUUUAAUGGCAAGUAAUCAAUUUUUUGCUCAUCCACUUCCCUCGUCCUUUCUUUUUUCUUUGUGAAAAUUUCAAAUCCCUCCUUUCUGUCCUCAUCCCGUGCUAAUGGCGUGCCUGUCGCUUUUUUCAGUCAAAGAGCCCUUCAGCUCUAGUUGUGCAUAAUGUUUAGUAUUAGUCAGUUGAAAAGCCAUCUUGUCGUUCCAUUCGCAUCACAUGCGUAGGGCUCGUGCUGUUGGUUUAGUCACGCUAGUCGUUGAUUUGUGAUACAGUCAGUAUUGAUGACCAUUUCUGCUCAGUCAUUAUGUGACAUAAUGUUAUGAUGCCUGUGGACCAACCAUACAUGUUGCGCAAAAAAGUUUGUUGUGAUAUGGGAUCAAUGUGGUGUUUAUCGGUAAAGUCUACUGAUUUUGUUCAA